AUGGAGUAUAAAAGGAAAAAGUAUAACUAUCCAAAUAAAGAAAGUAACUUCAAAAAAUGUAAAUCAUUUAAUUUAGAAACCGGCAUGACAGGAUUUCUAUGCACGUGUAAUUUUCGUGAAAAGGAUUGUGUACGAGAUGCGUAUAAAUUACUUAACGAAUUUGCUGAUGAAAUUGAUGAAUUAAAUAAAGAUAAAAUAACAAUCAGCACAGAGGAAAGCUCUAUAAUAAAUGAAAUACAAUCUCCAGAAAAUGUUGAACAAAAUGAUAGUGAUGAAGAAGAUAUUUCGACUGCUUUGAGCAAAGAAAUUAAUCAAUUAAAAGCAGAAUCUGAUAAACCAAUUGCUUUAAGAAGAUUUCAGGUGGUAAGUACUGGCGUAAAAAAUGUAGUUUUUAUUAAAACUACAUUAUCAAAUCCCUUAGAAUUAGUUAAUCAUAUAAUCAAAGAAUUAGACAGAACUAAAAAACAACGAAGUAGAUUCUUGCUAAGACUUUUACCAAUAGAAGCUGUAUGCAAACCAUAUAUGAACGACAUUAAAUCGGUAGCAAGUGUGAUAUUAGAGAAAUAUUUUGCUCAAGAACCGAAAACAUUUAGUAUUGUAGUUAAUCGUCACAGUAAUGACAAUAUACGCAGAGAAGAAAUUAUUAACGACUUAGCAGAAAUAAUCAAGAAAAAAAAUCCAGGAAACAGAGCUAAUUUAAAAAAUCCAGAAAUUGCUGUUGUAGUGGAAGUAAUAAGGGGUCUAUGUUUAAUAUCAAUCGCACCUGAUUAUUAUAAAUAUAGGAAGUAUAAUUUACUUGAAAUUUGUGCUCGAAAGCAAAAUGAUACACAUGUUAAGGACUCAGAUACAAAAAAUUUAGAUACAGACAAGAAAGAGACUGAAAUAUUAAAUAAGUCUACUACUGAUGUAGAAGAUACAAUAACGCAAGACAAUGAAAAUGAUAAUGCCACAAAGUCUGAAAUAUCAAAUAUACCUGAAGAAGUACAAGAUGGAAAGUAACACCAUAUUUCUUAUAAUUUAAAAACCAAACAAAAGAUUGUUUUAAUUAACUAUAAUAAAAGGUGAAUUUUUU